AUGGUCGAAUACAUCGGCACCGCUUCAGAGAUCCUCCUCCACGCGGAGGCGAAGCAGGCGGCGGCGGCGAGGCGGCUGCGGGAGGCCCGUGACGCGCGCCACGAUGCAGAGCUGGAAGCUGGUCAGGCGAAAAAGGACGCUGCACGCAAGGCGGCGUCGAUGGAGUACUUCUCGCGAGCGUCGAUGGAGCUCGACACAUCGUCCGCGGCCGCAACUGUGAAGCGGGCAAAAGAUGCGGAGGCAGCGGCUACAGCGGCGAGGGCAAACGAGGAGGCGGCCCGGGCGUUUCUAGCAGAGGCGGAGGUGGAAGCAGCGGAGGCAGUGGAGACCCACGGCUAUGCCUUCAGCGUAGCGGCAGAGGCGCGAGCCAGAGCCUCCGAGGAGAUAGAGGCGGUGCGCAUGGCGCUUGAGGCGGCGCACGCCAAGGCUCUCGACCAGGCGAAGGCGGAGGGCGCCAAGAAAUGCGCGGAGCUCGAGGCGUCAUUAGCGACGGCAGAGGCGGCACGAGCGGCAGCGGAGACAGCGGCGCAGGCGGCGGCGAAGGAGUCUGUGGCGCAAGCAAAGGAGACGGCGAGGGCGCGCGCUGCCGAGCUCGAUGGGGCGAUGAGGGAGUCGGCGCAGCUCUCACAGCUGCUGGCGGAGGAGAGGGCGGCGCGGGCGACGGCAGAGGCGGCUAGCGAGGCGGCGGCUGCAUCAUGCACCGAGGCAACAGCGGCGCGGGCGGAGGCGUCGGCAGCGGCGGAGGUGGCGCGGGUAAGGGCGGAGGCGGCGACGGAGGCGGCGCGGGCGGAUGUGGAGGCGGCAAACGAAAAGGCGGCAGCGGCGGGUGCUGCGCGAGUGAAGGCGGAGGCUGCGACGGAGGCGGCGCGGAGGGAGGCGGAGGCGGCGAAAGAAAAGGCGGCGGCGGCAGAGGCGGCGCGAGUGGAGGCGGAGGCGGCGACGGAGGCGGCGCGGACGGAUGCGGUGGCGGCGAAAGAAAGGGCAGCAGCGGCGACGGAGGCGGCGCGAGUGGAGGCGGAGGCAGCAAAAGAAAAGGCGGCGGCGGCAGAGGCGGCGCGAGUGGAGGCGGAGGCGGCGACGGAGGCGGCGCGGACGGAUGCGGAGGCGGCAAAAGAAAAGGCGGCGGCGGCAGAGGCGGCGCGAGUGGAGGCGGAGGCGGCGACGGAGGCGGCGCGGACGGAGGCGGAGGCGGCAAAGGAAACGGCGGCGGCGGCAGAGGCGGCGCGAGUGGUCGCGGAGGCGGCGACGGAGGCGGCGCGAGUGGAGGCGGAGGCGGCGACGGAGGCGGCGCGGACGGAGGCGGAGGCGGCGAAAGAAAAGGCAGCAGCGGCGACGGAGGCGGCGAAAGAAACGGCGGCGGCGGAGGCGGCGCGGGCGGCGGAGGCGACGGAGGCGGGGCGGACGGCGGCGGCGGCGGCAAACGAAAAGGCGGCAGCGGCAGAGACGAAGGCGGCGCGGAGGGAGGCGGAGGCGGCGACGGAGGCGGCGCGGGCGGAGGCGGCGACGGAGGCGGCGCGGGCGGAGGUGGAGGCGGCGAAAGAAACGGCGGCGGCGGCAGAGGCGGCGCGAGUGGAGGCGGAGGCGGCGACGGAGGCGGCGCGAGUGGAGGCGGAGGCGGCGACGGAGGCGGCGCGGGCGGAGGUGGAGGCGGCGAAGGAAAAGGCGGCGGCGGCAGAGUCGGCGCGAGUGGAGGCGGAGGCGGCGACGGAGGCGGCGCGAGUGGAGGCGGAGGCGGCGACGGAGGCGGCGCAGACGGAGGCGGAGGCAGCAACAGAAAAGGCGGCGGCGGCAGAGGCGGCGCGAGUGGAGGCGGAGGCGGCGACGGAGGCGGCGCGAGUGGAGGCGGAGGCGGCGACAGAGGCGGCGCGAGUGGAGGCGGAGGCGGCAAAAGAAAAGGCGGCAGCGGCAGAGGCGGCUCGAGUGGAGGCGGAGGCGGCGACGGAGGCGGCGCGGGCGGAGGCGGAGGCGGCGAAAGAAAAGGCGGCGGCGGCAGAGGCGGCGCGAGUGGAGGCGGAGGCGGCGACGGAGGCGGCGCGAGUGGAGGCGGAGGCGGCGACGGAGGCGGCGCGAGUUGAGGCGGAGGCGGCAAAAGAAACGGCGGCGACGGAGGCGGCGCGGGCGGCGGAGGCGGCGACGGAGGCGCGGGCGCGGGCGGAGGCGGCAAAAGAAAAGGCGGCAGCGGCAGAGGCGGCGCGAGUGGAGGCGGAGGCGGCGGCGGAGGCGGCGCGGGCGGAGGCGGAGGCAGCAAAAGCAACGGCGGCGACCGAGGCGGCGGAGGCGCGGGCGGCGACGGAGGCGGCGCGGGCGGCGGCGGCGGCGGCAAACGAAAAGGCGGCGGCGGAGGCGGAGGCGGCGGCGCGGGCGUUGGAGCUGCAGGCGCAGGUGGAGGCGGUACUAGCGGCGACCACGGAGGAGCUGUCGGUGGAGAGGAAGGUGCGCGCUUGUUCAGAGGCGGUCCUGGCGGAGGCGCACGCCGACGCGCAAGAGGAGGAGAUCAAGGCGGUGCAGCUGCAGGCCAAGAACAUGCUGUUCGCUAGCAUCAACCAGGAGCUGCGUGGCAAGGUGGAAUCGCUUGAGGCGAUGGUCGAGUCACUGAACAAGAUGGUGGCCUCCCCUUCCAAGGCCGGCCGCAAGUGGCGUUGA